CAUUGAUUCAAUAUUCAGUUGUCGCUUGGCUGGAGAGACGAUCGGCACGGACGCAUAGUGUUCCUUGCUAAUCCUGACUGCCAGUAUCUCACUAUUUACCAAACAUCUUAUAAAUAUUUAAAUAAACGUAAAAGUCUUAAGAAGCUUUUAAAACUACUAAUCACCAUGGCAAGUGCAGAUUUUUUGGGUAAAAAAUACAAAUUAUCCACCAGCGAGAAUUUUGAUGAGAUGAUGAAAGCCUUGGGUGUGGGAUUAGUAACAAGAAAAAUGGGAGCAAGCGUAAGUCCAGUAGUCGAACUUACAGAGGAUAAUGGACUCUACACGCUUAAAACAACUAGUACUUUUAAAAGCUCUGAAAUAAAAUUCAAACUUGGUGAAGAAUUUGAUGAGGAAACUCCGGAUGGCCGCAAAGUAAAGAGUAUUAUUACUUUAGAUGGCAAUAAAAUGACUCACAUUCAAAAGGGACAGAAGGAUACCCACAUUGAACGCGAGUUCGGUCCUACGGAAAUGAAAGCUGUCAUGAAAGUAGACGACAUAGUUUGCACGAGAAUUUACAAACUCCAAGGAUAAAGAAAAAAUCAAUAUAUUCACAUCAAAUUCAAAUAACACUUGUCACAACUUUUUGCUUGGGCACAAAUAUAAAUAUUCAAACUCUUAUAUAUUCGAUUGAGUGAGACUGUUAUAUGAAAACAAAAUCUUUAAUGUUAAUUUCAU